GCUUGACGCUGGCUGUUAAAGGAGCGUGGCGUCCACGCCAGCGCUCGCCGAGUCCGUCCUGUGUGUGAGCAGCUGGUGUCAGCGCUGGUAGUUUGUCGGAUUUAAUAGUUUGUCGAUUCUGCAACAGAUAAAGAGACAUUCGUUCAGAGAGACGCGUCUGUUUGUGCGGAUGUGAAGCGGCACAAGGGCAGAGACCCGGUUACAUCUGGCGCCAUAGAACAGGGGCAGGGGGAGUUUUCACUGGGAGGCUCAGCCAUGGAGGGGGACUGUCUCAGCUGCAUGAAGUACCUGAUGUUCGUCUUCAACUUCUUCAUUUUUCUGGGGGGCUCCUUCCUCCUGGGCGUGGGGGUGUGGGUGCUGGUGGACCCGAUGGGCUUCAGGGAGAUCGUGGCGGCGAACCCCCUGCUGUUCACGGGCGUCUACGUCAUCCUGGCCUUGGGCAGCAUGCUCUUCCUGCUGGGCUUCCUGGGCUGCUGCGGAGCCAUUCGGGAGAACAAGUGUCUCCUGCUGUUUUUCUUUAUGCUCAUCCUCUUCAUCUUCCUGGCUGAACUGGCAGCUGCCAUCCUGGCUUUUCUCUUCAGGGAGCAUUUGACCAGAGAAUAUUUCACCCGGGAGCUGAAGCGCCACUACCAAGGUCACAACAACACAGACGUCUUCUCCACUACAUGGAACGCCAUCAUGACCACGUUCGACUGCUGUGGCGUAGGCGGCCCUGAGGACUUUGAGGAAAGUCUGUUUAGGCUCCUCAGCCCCAAUAAGAUGGUCCCCGAGGCCUGUUGCCAGAGGAACAGUUACCUUGGAGACCUGAGCGUGGAGCAGUGUGUGAGCGGCAGCGUGGCCUUCAGACACAACAAGGGCUGCUACUCGGCCAUGGUGGACUACUUUGAAACGUACAUCUACGCAGCAGGAGCGCUGGCCAUCGUGGUGCUCACCAUCGAACUCUUCGCCAUGGUGUUCGCCAUGUGUCUGUUCAGAGGCAUCCAGUAGGAGCGGCGUCCUCGUCGGCUGAGAACAAGUUCGAACAAAUCUGUAAAAUAUGAAACGUAUUUGUACAGUGAUUGUUUCCGUGUCUCAUCGGUUUCGUGACUUCAGUUUGUACUUCACCACAGCAGCAGAGCUUCUCCAGCCGCUGCCUCGGGGCACACGCAGGAAGUAAUGUGGUCCUGCAGUGUGAACUGGGAUUGACACCAGUGACACCAGUGCCUCAACACUGAGGGCUAAGUCUUGACUUGAGCCCAGGACUGGUCUGUGGGAGGAGGCGACGACGCGCGGCUCCACGUCUGCUUAUUGCAGAGCUCAACCAGCACUCGACUUAUUGUAGUGAACCACGAAGCGAAGCAUUCAGGAGGCAAAAAAGCUUGAAUUUAAAUCACGUGCGUUUUGUGUGAUGUGAAAAGUCACUGGGCAGUAAAUACGUUUGACAGCGGCUCAAAACUCAUUAAAAUCAUCUGUCUCUACUUCUUCUUCUACACAAAAUCCUUUUUUAAGGGUUUUAAAUCGAAAAACACUCUAAAAGGUGUUUGUUCAUACUCUGCAUUAGGCUCAUUGUCUUUAAACCAGAAGUCAUUAAACAUGAUUCAGGGUCAAUUUUUUCUUUUUUUUGUUAAUGUAUUUAACUUUGUCACGACUGCUUUUCACCAAAACGAGUGUUUGUGUAUAUGUUAAUAUUCAGCAGGACUGCGUCAAUUUUCAGCAUUUAUUCUCUUCUAUUUGCACAUUGUAAUUACGUUUAUUGCCUGUGGACGUUUGAUUCUGUACUGGGAGUGUUUGGAAAACCCAGGAGAUUGUUAACGGUGGUUAACAUUAAACUGCAACUGGUUCUAGUGUC